AGUUGCGGUAGGAGGAGGACAGCGCCAUUCUGGCCGGCCGCUCCCUCUGUCCCCUUUCCCUUCCCCGCAGUGGCCCGCGAGCCGCCAGCGGAGGAGCGCGCGCGCGCGCGUGACGCGUCCGGGCUUGCUAGCGCCCUCCCGCCCCCCAGCGUCCACCGCCCGCUCAUGGCCCGGGCCGCGGCCGCCGAGCCGCGCUGAGGCGGGCCGCGCGGAGUCGUGGGGCCGCCGCCGUGGCCCUCGGUGUCCGCGCCGCGCCGCCAGCCCGUGGUGCCCGCGCACGCCGGCCGUCGUCGCCUUCGCGCCUGGCUGGCGGGGGCGCUGUCCUCGCCGGCCGUCCGCGCCGCUCCCUGGGGCUCGGCGGAGCGUGGCAGUCAGGGCCAGCGGAGGCUCGGGGAGCCGGACGCCGGCGCGGCGGGGGCCAUGACCGUGGAGCAGAACGUGCUGCAGCAGAGCGCGGCGCAGAAGCACCAGCAGACGUUUCUGAAUCAACUACGAGAAAUUACGGGGAUUAAUGAUGCCCAGAUUCUACAGCAAGCCUUGAAGGAUAGUAAUGGAAACUUGGAGCUAGCAGUGGCUUUCCUUACUGCAAAGAAUGCCAAGACCCCUCAGCAGGAGGAGACCACUUACUACCAAACAGCGCUUCCUGGCAAUGACAGAUACAUCAGUGUGGGCAGCCAAGCAGAUACAAGAAAAAAACAGUAUAUGCCCACCAGAACAAGAUGUGCUACAAUUGAGCAAUCAAAGUAUGGAUCGAAAGAUAAGAGGGAUUUGGAUGUGAUUGAUCUUACUGGAGAUGAUAAAGAUGAUCUUCAGAGAGCAAUUGCCUUGAGUUUGGCGGAAUCAAACAGGGCAUUCAGGGAGACUGGAAUAACUGAUGAGGAGCAAGCCAUUAGCAGUAAUUUCCUACUUGUACCUGAGGUUUCACCCAGACAGGCUGAUACAAGAGUUCUUGAGGCCAGCAUAGCAGAAAAUAAAGAAUGUUUGAAGAGGACACCUACUGAAGUUUGGAGAGAUUCUCGAAACCCUUACGAUAGAAAAAGGCAGGACAAAGCUCCUGUUGGACUAAAGAAUGUUGGCAAUACUUGCUGGUUUAGUGCUGUUAUUCAGUCAUUAUUCAAUCUUUUGGAAUUCAGAAGAUUAGUUCUGAAUUACAAGCCUCCAUCAAAUGUUCAAGAUUUACCCCGAAACCAAAAGGAGCAUCGGAAUUUGCCUUUCAUGCGUGAGCUUCGAUAUCUAUUUGCACUUCUUGUUGGUACUAAAAGGAAAUAUGUUGAUCCAUCAAGAGCAGUUGAGAUUCUUAAAGAUGCUUUCAAAUCAAAUGACUCCCAGCAGCAAGACGUGAGUGAGUUUACACACAAAUUAUUAGAUUGGUUAGAAGAUGCCUUCCAAAUGAAAGCUGAAGAAGAGACGGAUGAAGACAAGCCAAAGAACCCCAUGGUAGAGCUGUUCUAUGGAAGAUUCCUAGCUGUGGGAGUGCUUGAAGGUAAAAAAUUUGAAAAUACUGAAAUGUUUGGUCAGUACCCACUUCAGGUCAAUGGAUUCAAAGAUCUACAUGAAUGCCUAGAAGCUGCUAUGAUUGAAGGAGAAAUUGAGUCUUUACAUUCAGAAAAUUCAGGAAAAUCCGGUCAAGAGCAUUGGUUUACUGAACUACCACCUGUGUUAACAUUUGAAUUGUCAAGAUUUGAAUUUAAUCAGGCACUGGGAAGACCAGAAAAAAUUCACAAUAAAUUAGAAUUUCCUCAAGUUUUAUAUCUGGACAGAUACAUGCAUAGAAACAGAGAAAUAACAAGAAUUAAGAGGGAAGAGAUCAAGAGGCUAAAAGAUUACCUCACAGUAUUACAACAAAGACUUGAAAGAUAUUUAAGCUAUGGUUCGGGUCCCAAACGGUUUCCCUUGGUGGAUGUUCUGCAGUACGCCUUGGAAUUUGCCUCAAGUAAACCUGUUUGCACUUCUCCUGUUGAUGAUAUUGAUGCUAGUUCCCCACCUAGUGGUUCCGUACCAUCACAGACAUUACCAAGCACAACAGACCAACAGGGGGCUCCUUCUUCAGAACUGCCAAGCACGUCACCCGCGUCAAUAGCUGCCAUUUCAUCAAGAUCAGUAAUACACAAACCAUUCACUCAGUCCCGGAUACCUCCAGACUUGCCCAUGCAUCCGGCACCAAGGCACAUAACAGAAGAAGAACUCUCUGUGCUGGAAAGCUGUUUACAUCGCUGGAGGACAGAAAUAGAAAAUGACACCAGAGAUUUACAGGAAAGCAUAUCUAGAAUCCAUCGCACAAUUGACCUAAUGUACUCUGACAAAUCUAUGAUCCAAGUUCCUUAUCGUUUACAUGCUGUUUUAGUUCAUGAAGGUCAAGCUAAUGCCGGGCACUACUGGGCAUACAUUUUUGAUCAUCGUGAAAACAGGUGGAUGAAGUACAAUGAUAUUGCUGUAACAAAAUCAUCGUGGGAAGAGCUAGUGAGAGAUUCUUUUGGUGGUUACAGAAAUGCCAGUGCAUACUGUUUAAUGUACAUAAAUGACAAACCACAAUUCUUAAUACAAGAGGAGUUUAAUAAAGAAACUGGGCAGGCCCUUGCUGGAAUAGAAACACUACCCCCCGACUUAAGAGAUUUUGUUGAGGAAGACAACCAGCGAUUUGAGAAAGAACUAGAAGAAUGGGAUGCCCAGCUUGCUCAGAAAGCCUUGCAGGAAAAACUUCUAGCAUCUCAGAAACUGAGAGAGUCUGAGUCUUCUGUGACAACAGCACAAGCAGGAGAACCAGAAUAUCUAGAGCAGCCAUCAAGAAGUGAUUUCUCAAAGCACUUGAAAGAAGAAACCAUUCGAAUAAUUACCAAGGCAUCACAUGAGCAUGAAGAUAAAAGUCCUGAAACAGUUUUGCAGUCGAAACCUGAAAAUACCACAAGCCAGCCACCUUCUAAGCAGCAAGUUGUAGAGGUGGAGAUUCCUCAUGUAGGGACAUUUAUGAUUGAGUCAAAGGAGGGGGGUUAUGAUGAUGAGAUCAUGAUGACACCGAACAUGCAAGGUAUUAUCAUGGCCAUAGGUAAAUCCCGGAGUGUGUAUGACAGGUGUGGCCCUGAAGCAGGGUUCUUUAAGGCAAUUAAGUUGGAAUAUUCAAGGUUGGUUAAAUUGGCCCAAGAAGAUACCCCACCAGAAACAGACUAUCGUUUACAUCAUGUAAUAGUCUACUUUAUCCAGAAUCAGGCUCCAAAGAAAAUCAUUGAGAAAACAUUGCUAGAACAAUUUGCAGAUAGAAAUUUGAGUUUUGAUGAAAGGUGUCACAACAUAAUGAAAGUUGCUCAAGCCAAAAUUGAAAUGAUAAAACCUGAAGAAGUAAACAUGGAGGAGUAUGAGGAGUGGCAUCAGGAUUAUAGAAAAUUCAGGGAAACAACCAUGUAUCUCAUUAUUGGGCUAGAAAAUUUUCAAAGAGAAAGUUAUAUAGAUUCCUUGCUAUUCCUUAUCUGUGCUUAUCAGAAUAACAAAGAACUGUUGUCCAAAGGCCCAUACAGAGGACAUGAUGAAGAACUGAUAUCACAUUAUAGAAGAGAAUGUUUACUAAAAUUAAAUGAGCAAGCUGCAGAACUGUUUGAAUCUGGAGAGGAUAGAGAAGUAAACAAUGGUCUGAUUAUCAUGAAUGAAUUUAUUGUCCCAUUUUUGCCCCUGUUAUUGGUGGAUGAAAUGGAAGAGAAAGACAUACUUGCUGUGGAAGAUAUGAGAAAUCGAUGGUGUUCCUAUCUUGGACAAGAAAUGGAAUCAAACCUCCAAGAGAAGCUGACAGAUUUUCUGCCAAAGCUGCUCGAUUGUUCUACGGAGGUUAAAGGUUUCCAUGAGCCGCCUAAGUUACCUCCGUACUCCACACAUGAACUCUGUGAGCGAUUUACCCGAAUCAUGCUGUCCCUCAGUCGAACUCCUGCUGAUGGAAGAUAAACUGCACAUACUCUCCCUGAACACACUGUAUAAAUGUUUUUUUAGUUCUUAGCCCUUGCCUUCCUGUCACAGGGUUUGCUUGUUGCUGCUAUAAUUUUUAACUUUUAUUUUAAUAACCGCAAAAGACAAAUUGACUCUACAGACUUUAGCCAGACUGCAAACAAUAAAGCUGAGAAUCGCAUGGCGCUCAAACUUUGUUUUAACCAGAACUGAUGUAUGAUUACCAAUCCAAUUGAUUUUAUUAUGGCAAAACCAUGCUUUUGCCACUUUUCUGUUACAGUAUUACUUUGCCUUUAUCUUUUCUUGAUCUACAGCUUUCCAUUCAGUCUGGAUCCUCCGUGACUAUAGCCAUUUAAGUGUUCAGCACUGUGUACAAUACAUAAUAUUUGGUAGCUUGUAAAUGAAAUUAAAGAAUAAAGUUUUAUUUAUGGCUACCUAUGUGUUUGUAAGCAGGUAUAUUAUAUAUUAGUGUAUUUUUUUAGUUAUAUAAAUGAAUUUUUUCCUGGGGAUUGUUUAUGGGUGAUUAACAGAUUAAUACAGACUUCUAAUUUUGCUCUAAUGUUAGCACAUUAGAAAUUUGCUGAGUAUUUGAUACUUAAAUAUUAUAUUUUUGACUAAGUUGUUAUACUUAGUAUGGCACCUAAACCUGUUUUGAAUUCAAAUCAGGUUUUAACCGAAGUGAGCAGCUGAUACUUAAGUCAACCACACUGAAACUUUUAACCUUUUCUUAAAUUAACCUUUAAUUUUUUUAAUGUAUUAUACAUAUAAUAUAGCAAAGUGAUUAUUUCAAGAGAUACCAGAAAAAAAGUACUUGAAUAAGGGCUAUUUAAUAGUGAAACUUAUGAGAACUAUGUAUAUGUAUAUAUUAUAUAUGUAUAUAUACACAUACAUACACACAUACACACACACAUUCUUCAUAAUGGAGGACAGUGUUUGCAUUAUAUAAUCAUUCUAUUUUUGUAAAUUGUAUACCACUUUAAUUGCAAAUGUUCUCUACUAAUCAAUGCUGUGAAAUGGAAGUUGAUAUUGUUGAACUAGAAAUUAUAUGAGUAUCUUCCCUGCGUUUAUUUACUUCCUUUUCAAAAAGGAAAAAAACUGUAGAACAUUUUAUAGGUGGAACUGCUGUUUAAGAUUAAUGAAGUAAUAUUGUGAAUGAAAUCCAAUGCUUUAAAGGUAAUCAUGCUACCGACAACCUAUUUUUGAAUUUAUAAAAAUUUCUUUAUAAAUGAUACUUUGUCAGCAUAGUAAAAUAUAUCAUUAUACUAUGUGUAUGUUUGUUACAGCGUCGCCAAAACUAGUGCUUUUUAUAAGUGCCUCUCAUAAAAGAUCUGGAUGGAGGAAGAACAAGAAAAUAUUAAGCUAUUAUAUAAUACUCCUUAUAAAGGUAUCAAUGUAUUGCUAAGGUAUUAGUGAUAAAUUGCUAUUUCUUUGUAAAGUUAGAUUUUGUAUAUUAUAGCCAUCAGAAUGUGUUUUGGUUUAGAUUUUAAAUUCUCUACUUAGCAGAAUUAGUAUUCUGCCUUGAUUUUCAAGUCUUGUUGAAAGUUUAGAAACUUCAUGUGUAUCAUCAAAGCAUUUAUAAAGUAUCUUCAGCAUUUUAUGAUAUUCUACCAUAACAGUAAAGUCAUUUGUGUAUAAUUGACUACUGAGACACAAUUUGCUAAACAUGAUAUGGAAAUUACUUCUUUUAUAAGGUACAUCCAGGUAAGUAUUAUAUUUACUCUGUAAUUAAAGCCAGUUUAUUCAUUCCUAAUUAUGAAUCUGAAGUUCUUCUUUUAAAAAGUGACCUUUUUUAAGACCUGAGGAAGCAACUCGUUUUUGUAUCAGCUUUUAAUCUAAUGGUUUAGAUCAGUGAAGUUUUCUUACAUUAUGUACUGGAUUAAAUAUAACUUAGGGCUAGUAAUUUAAAAAUCAAAACCUCAUAGAACUGUUGUCCAUGGCAGAUUUCACUUUGACUUAAUGACUCUCAUUUUUAUUACUGUAGUACUCCUUUCCCACUCCCCAAAAAUUACAUUUUGUAAAAAUUUAAUGUAGAAUUCAAAUGGAAGUUAAGACUUGGAGGAACUUAUAAGAUUGUGUAUAAGGAGACUGUAGCCACCAGUGAGCCUGAAAGCCUGUAAUUCUUUUCAGAUUUGUUAAAAUACAAUGCACUAACUACACUAAAUAACUGCUUCUCAAAAUGUCUCCAGACCAGCAGAUUCAGCAUCAUCUGAGGACAUGUUAGAACUGAAAAUUCUUGAGCCCCGCAUCAGAACUACUGAUUUAACACAUGUUAAGCUUGAAGAGUUAACAAGUUUCAACAAGUCCUUCAGAAGAUUCUACUAUCUGCUGAAGUUUGAGAACCACAGUGCUAAAUAAUCCCCAGCACCUUUUUGAACCCUUGUUUAUUGGUAACUUCAUUAUUUCUCUCACUGACGCUUUCCAGGAAGUAACUAAAAAUCCUUUUCCUUAGUUUUAGAUUUACUAAGACUAAGGUAGAUUCUCUCCUCCUGUGUCUGAUUCUCUAGAAGUUCAGUGUCUUUGUGAUUCAGAAUCGUUGACUGUGACCUCUGAGUCCUGUUGUCAUCCUCCAAAAGUAAAAUCCCACAGGAUACUUGGGAAGAGUGAGUAGGGCAACUUUGUGUAAUUACUUUUUUUUGGAUUUUUCAUUGGUAUGCAGAUAAAAGUAAGAGUCAUGACUGAGGGAACGAUGUACACAGUUGGAUGCACACGCGCACACACACACACACACCAAAAUUUCGGAUUCCCUAUUUAUUCCACGCACAGUUCUUCUCACACCUUCACUACUGUCCUUGAACCUCCCAUUCGACGCUGCUCCAGUAAAAUAGGAUCUUAAUUUACCAAGAAAGUUAAGGAGCUUGGGUAUGACCCCCUCCGAUUUCUCACCCCCAUACUUGUAAAUUUACAGUUAAUUGUUAACCAGGUUGUGAUAAGGAAUAGACAUUAUUGAUAACCCAAUGUUACAAAGAAAGUAUAAGUAAAAUGUAUGAAAUGAGUUUAUAAAUUUAAUUAAAAGUACAUUCAUUACAUGGAGGACAUAUUUGCUCUUUGACAGAAUUAGAAAACUCACUUUUUUUGCUUUGUAUUAGCCCAAAAGCUGUACAAUAUAUUUGUCCUUUAGCGAAUGGCUUUCUUUCAAUAAUCUAGAGCCAGUUAUGUACCCUUAACCCUAGUUGUGGAUCAAAAGCAUAUGAGGAGCAUUUCUUUACAAAAGGUGUCUAUGUCCUCUCUUAUCAUGUGAAUUCUUAAAAGCCUUUUACAGUGACAGAUGUUUGAGAACAUUGAGUAAAUGCUUCUCCAACUUUAAUUUUUCUAAGGAUCACCUGUGGCCUUCCCCUCAGAGGCUGGCUGACUGAGCCUGGCUAAAGUAGGGCAGAGAAACUUACCUUCUGCAUUGUUGCAAGUGACAUGAAAAGGCAGGGAGUUUAAAUUUUCAGAUGACCCCCUCAGCCAUACAGCAUGCCCAGUUUAGUCUGUGCUCUAGCCAAAGCUGCUCUCAAAUGUUUUUCAGUCCUUAACUCAUGGACUUUCUCUUCUGAGUGGCUGGCUAAGAGUGCACGCUCCAGAACCAGACUGCCUGGGUCUGGAUUACUGUGUUGGUCUUGAGUGAACUCUUCAACUCCUCUGUGCCUAAGUUCCUCCACUAUAAAAUAGGAUUACAGUAAAAACUACUUUACAUAAUUCCUUUAAAAGAUGAAGUGGGUUUCUAUAUUAAACAAAAACUCUCAGAAAGUGUCACAGUGUGAGUGUUGAGUUUAUUGUCAGCCAUUUUAUAGUUUGUCAUUGUUGGCUUCGGCUAGUAAUUUUCAGAGUCUCUGCCUUCCUGAGACAGGCUUCUUUGCAUUCGUCUCAUUCUUUUGUUUUCUAUCUACUCAAAUGUUGUCAGGGUUUCUGUUCUUGGCCCACUUCUAACUCUUCAUGCUUCCCAGACAGUCAUAUCAGCUAGUUUGUCGUCUUAUACUGCAAACUAUACUUCUUAUAGUUUGUCUUCUAUACAUGCCUCUGAUUCACAAGUUUGUGUUGCUAACUGAACCUCCUUUCUACAUUUUAGAUCCAUGUGUGUGCCCAUGUGUCUGUUCAACACAGAGACUUGGAUGUUUCAUGGGCGCUUUAAAUUCCGCACAUCCGAAAUUGAAUUCACCGCUUCUUCCCACACCUGAUUCUCUUAUUUUCUCUUAGAGAGUGAUACACUGAUUCAGAAAUAAGAAGUUAUUCUCAAUUCUACUUUUAUUUCUCCUUGAUUACCAGGUGUCGACAGGUCAGAUUUUCCCUUGCACAUGCACCCCUCACUGCUGUCAAUGAGAUUUCUCAUCUAAUUUGGACAAUUGCAUUUGCCCUGAGUGGCCUGUCUUUGACCUUGCCACUUUAGUCCAUCUUACAUACUGUUGGCAGAAUCAUCUUUCAAAGUGGUUUUGCAUAUCCAUCUUCCUUUGCUGGCCUCAACUCCUUUAGAAGGAGAUAGUAUCUCCUGUUUUUUGUAACCCUAGUAUCUGUUAAAAUGCCUGGCAGAUUAACAAAGGUGCAGCCUGGUCCUCCAGUCACCUCAGACCGGCCUGGUCUCGCAUGAUAAUCAACUAGCUGCCUGCAGCUGUUUAAAUUUAAGCCAAAUAAAAGUAAAAUUAGCCAUAUUUCAAAUUCUCAAUAAUGACAUUGGCUACCUAUUGGACAACACAUUUUAGAACAUUUCUAUUAUCGCAGGAAGUUUCGUUGGAUAGAAGUACUUCCAAGCGUUGCUUAUACGGACAUCUUCAAACAACUUGUAAAAUGCCAACCUAAGCAAACUGGCCUUAAGCAUUUACGUCUCCUUAUCUUAAUCCAGCCAUGAACCACUCACACAUCUGCUCUUCAGAGAGCACCUCUACUGGGAUAUAUCCAGUUAAAAUAGCCUACACGAGUUAUUUCAACAGGGGCAAUGUGGUAGAGGCACUAGAGGUAACCCAGGGAACCUAAUUGCAGGAUGUAGCUACUGUUCCUAGGAGUAGGAAAACAAAAGGUGAAAAGAGGGCUUCCCAGAACCUUGGAGUUCCAGAAAACAGGUCUCCAUGGAGUUGGUGUUCAAACCCCUGAGAAGGUUCACCACCUAAGUGCUCUCUGAAAGCUGAAUGAAGACGAAUCAGUUGAAAUUAUUAGGUCGCUAGUAGGACUGGCAAGCAAAGACAGAGGUAGAUCUUGUUUUCCUCUUUCUGCCUUCCAGCUUUCCUAAUGAAGUGCAACAAAGAGAUCUGUAAAAUGCAUUGCAAAAUCCCCACCCCAGCGUCACCUUUUACCAAAGGGUGGAGCUGGAACUGAGAGACAAUAGGAAUACAACCUACACCCGAGUUUCCUCUCAGAUUUCCUUCUUAUCCAAACAUGUUACUCACUGAAACCCUAGAUGUUCAGAAAUGUAUCUACAGACCAUCUCUGGGAACUCAAAUACACUAGUUCUGAUUAAAAUUUUGUUGCUCUCUUUUUUUAACCAAAUGAGACCUUUUAAUGAUGCUAUUUAAUGCAUUAUUUUGUUUAAAUCAGCGGUGGAAGGAUGUAUGAAUUCAUGCCCAUUCACUCACAUGUUUUGCUUGUAUGCUAUAUGCCGCAGUAUCUGCCAGGUAGUGUAUUUAUCAAACUUAGACAAAAGUAAUAAUCUACCAAAAUUCACAUGUCUUCCCAGAGUUAGACACCUGCACUUAAUAGAGCUUAAGACUUUCGUGUUGACUCCCUUGGACAUCUUGCUAUGCAUGUGCACAUAUACAUACACACACAUACAAGUGUAUCUACAUGACUUUCAUACAAAUUUUAAAACAUAAUAGGUGCAGACAUAGUUCCCAGAAACUGUGUCUCUUACUGCUCUGCAGUAUUGAUUAUAAGGAAGAUGUCCAAUAUUUACUCAUGGACAUACAAUGUAGGCUGCUACUUACAUCUUUGUCUGUAUUACUUUAAUCCUUUCUGUCUUUCUGCUAAAUUUGGAGAUGUAAUAGCUUCUGAGUUAUGAAGUAUACAGGCCUAAAAUUUUGAGCUAAAUCGUUAAACUGUCCUUCACCAAGCCAUUCCUCUACACUGCUGCCGCUAGUGCAUGAGAGUUUAUUUCUUUACAGGAUCAACAGCAUAGAAUUUUGUCAGUUUUUAAUACUUUUCAGAGACAGCCAAAAAUUUAUUGUAUUUUUAAAAUUUUUAAUGAGAAUAUAUUUCGGUAUGGUAAUGGCUGUUUGUACUUGCUUAUGAUCUUUGUGCUUUUUCUUUUGGGUGUUCAUGUCUAUAGGUUUGCAAUAUCUCAUUUUAGGAAUCAUUCUGUAUUAUACACUGCAGUUUUCUUCAUUCUGUCAUUUAUUUUCAGCUUGCUUAUAUGUUACAAUUUUAUGACUUUAUUUUUAUGUAAUCAAAUCUAUUGACCUACUUUAAAAUUUUUGCCUUGGAUAUCAUGUUUAGAAAGAAAUUUCCUUGUUCAAGAUUAUAAAAAUACCCAUGUUUUCUUCUGAUAUUUUUAUGAUUUCACUUUUUAUGUCAGUCUUGAAUACAGUUGGAAAUUAUGAGGUAAAAAUUUACAAAUUUUUGCCAUUAUCUAAUUGUCUAUAAAAUAUUUCUUUUCCCUUACUGAUCUAAAAUGUAAUCUCCACUAGAUAAUAAAUUUUUAUAUUUGAUAUUUAUGAACACUCUAGUUCCACUUAAUGUCUUUGUCUAUUCAACUACCAUUACUAAUUUAAUGACUAUUGUUUUAACAUGUUUGUUUUAUAGCUAAUAUACAUUUUCACAGUAUCUAAUAUGUCACAUUACUCCCCAACACAGAUGCUCUUAAAUACUCAAUUUUCCCCAGAGUUUUCCAUACUCUCAUAGAUAAACUAAAUUAUUCAACCUUUUUUUAAAAAUAAAAUUCCUACUAGCAUUUUUAUUGUAAUUACAUUGGCUUGCAUAGAUUGGCAUAUAGAAUAAUCAUGGUGCAUUUACAGUGAUGAAUCUUCCUGUCCAAAACCAGUAUUUUGUAUCCUUUUAUUAAAUUCAUGUAUU